GGUCAAAGUUCAAUUGGAUGUUACCUGCCAGCGCAGCAAAGCUAAAGACACACUAUACUAUUCUUUACUGCAUGCACUGUGCACUGAACUAGCUAGCUAUUAUAUAAGAUGGCCAGCCCACUGGAUGUGUUUGUUACAGAGCCCACUGAAAUUGAUUUGGACGUGUUCUGCUUGUGGCUGAGCGGUGAGGGAGUGGAUAAAGCGACAGAGGAGAGGCUGGCAAGAGAACCACCUUCCAAUGAGUUUGACGACUACAAAGAUCUUCUUAUGAGCGAGACCAGAGGUUACUUCAGACUGUUUAGCAUCCUAGAGCCAUAUCUACAGCUACCUUCUCGCCUCCUCAAGCAAGGACUGGUUCAGUUGCCAUUGUCAGUCAAGCAAGCUAUGAUACAACACUACUAUGCCUUUGAUGAGAGAGUGGUGAGAGAAUUCCUGGGCAAGAAACUGAGCACCAAGAACCGCAAAGACCUGGACGAUGUGAGUGAGAAAACGAGGGUCCCUUUAAAGAACUGCCGUCGACAGUUUGACAAUAUCAAGCAAGUGCUACAAGUUGUGGAUGACUACGAAGGUUCACUGGUGGAGAAUAUCAAAGCACAGUUUUCUCUCUCCGAGGAUUUGGCCAGAAGUUACGCUUCAGUUGUUUUCAUCAAUCACAAUCGAUUUGAGACUCAGAAGAAGAAGCUGUCACACCUUUUGUUCUCUGACUUUACAUAUUGUGCUAGUGAGAUGAUUGACCACUGGACAGCUGGCUCUGAGGGUUCACAUGUCAUGGAUGAUGAUCUAGAGCUGGACAGAGUCUUCCUUCAAGAGUUGCAUGAUCUCAGAAUAGGAAUGCUUGAUCGAGUGUGGAUAGACAGACAUUUGAAACUAAUUCUCAAGGACUUGCGCAAACAGAAGUGCCAUCCCUCGUAUGUGAAGCAAGUCGAACAGAAUGGUCGGUCAUUUCUAAAGUCUAUCAUUUCAUUUGGAGCAUCUUUAAUUCAUCGUAAAGACUUGAAGGAUUUCUUUGUGGAUGUGACUGAUGAUAUACUGAUCCCCUUCCACCAGUUAGGCUGGGGUCGUGAGGACGUACGGAUGUUCCUGCUCAGUGUGCGAGGAUGCUAUCUCGAGUGUGAACAAGUUCAUUCAAGACCUGCAACCAAGGGUAUACCGUGGUCAUGUGUGUACAUGCGUUACCUGGACACCCUCAAUAACUGCUUAUUAGCUCUCUAUAAAUUAUAAUUGUUUUGUUGUCAUUAUAAUGUGUUAUGUAACUAACGACGA